CGGCGGCCCGGCCCGGCCCCGCCGUGUGCACACUAUCUGCCCGAGGGCCGGGGCCCGGCACGGCGGCCCCGCGCGCCCCGCGCCCCGAGGGGCGCCCCGUCUCUGCAUGCCCCGGCUGAGCCCCCUCCCCGCCGUGCCUUCGCCCCUCCGGGCCCAAUAAACUGUUACAACCACUGGCGUGUGCGGCUGGCCGGAAGCUGGGGCGGGACCGCGGGGACGAGGAGCCGCGCGAUUGGCGGGCGCGGGCGCGCCGGCUCGCAUCCGGCGGAAGUGGGCUCUGGCCCGCCCCUCGGGGCGGAGCCUGCGCCUGCGCCUGCGCGGCGGGCAGCCGUCCGAGGGCGCGGAAGCCCGGGUCUCCCCGCGGCGUCCCCUCCCGCUCGGGGACGGCUCCGCGGUUGCGCGCGCCCUGCCCGCAGCGAGGCCGCCCUGGAGCUGCUGCGGGACGUGCACCGGGGCCUGGCGCCGCCCUGCCGGCGCCCCGCGCGCCUGGCCGUGCUCUCGGGCCACUUCCUUUACUACCACUACGGCUGCGACGGGCUGGACGACCGCGGCUGGGGCUGCGGCUACCGCACCCUGCAGACGCUGUGCUCCUGGCCGGAGGCCCAGUCGGCGGGCGUGCCCGGGCUGGCGGCGGUGCAGGGCGCCCUGGAGGACAUGGGCGACAAGCCGCCCGGGUUCCGGGGCUCCCGGGGCUGGAUCGGCUGCGUGGAGGCCAGCCUGUGCCUUGAGCACUUCGGAGGACCUCAGGGGCGCCUGCGCCACGUGCCCCGCGGAGCCGGGCUCCGGGGAGAGCUGGAGCGGCUCUGCGCACACUUCGCCGAGGGCGGAGGCCCAGUGAUGGUGGGAGGGGACGCGGACGCCCAGUCCAAGGCCCUGCUGGGAGUGUGUGAGGGCCCAGGCGCGGACGCCUAUGUCCUGAUCCUGGACCCGCACUGCUGGGGAACUCCGAAGAGCCCCAGUGAGCUGCAAGCUGCCGGCUGGGUGGGCUGGCGGAAGGUGGACAGUGCCUUUGACCCCAAUUCCUUCUACAACCUGUGCCUGACCAGCCGCGUCUGAAUCGGCAGGCCCUGCCAGCCGUGAGGGACAGAUCCCAGAAGAGUGGCCACGGCCAACUGCUUACUUCUCACGGGUCCGCCGCAGCGUCCAGUCUGUGCCAGGCAUGACAGGCAGGUGGACCUGAGUUCAAAGCCAGUCUGGUCUACACAGCAAGUUCUCGGCCAGCCAGGGUUAAAAGCCUGCUCUGAAAACGGUAAUAAAUUGGCCUAAUUCAGCUCACGAUGGCUCAGCCUGUGUUUGGGAAGGGGCAUACCGCACACACACUGAAGAGGGACACUA